AAGAUUAUUAGAUUCUCGGCUCGGAAAUAUAAAGUUCGAAAGCUUCGAAAUGUACGCGGGUGAUUGGGAGCCGAGGACUACAAAUUGACCGUGGAUAUUUUACAUGCAUAUAUAAUCUCUCGCAGAGUGUUUCACAACUUUAUGCAUAAUUCAUCAGCGUCGCGUCACACUCGGAGCGAAAAUUAUGAAGCAAUUUAAAUGUUACGUCAACGCAAGAUUGUAAAUCAUGUUAUCGUGUAAAUUGCAGAGGAACGAGAUGCCAGUGUGGUUGGCGAGAGUUUUGUGUGCAUCGAAAGCGAUGUCCGAAGAGCCAUUGGUUCGAUCUCUCCUUAAUGGCCGAGGUCGCGAAAUUGGAGCAACGGAGUUUACGGAGAAUUUCGUCGCGUCGUAUCGCAAGAUAAAAAUUUGCGCCACGAUAAUAACGACGGAUAUUCCGCGAAGAUAUGUUGCGGUACUCACGUUGAAAUUUCGCGUUUUCACAAUCGGCCACUCCGAAACGAAACUAAGCGCGCUGCAACGCAGGUCGCUUUUAUAUCGCAGAUGCGUGGUGGCAGAAGAGCGGUGAAUGCCACU